AUGUCCCUCGCAAUUGACCUUUCCGCACCGCAGGAUCGCCUCGAUGCAAAACGCCAUGGCGCUUUCGAGGUCCCAGCUCCCGAGCAACUCCUUCUAUUGGGGGGGCCCGGCACUGGCAAAUCACAUGUUCUCCAAUAUGCAUUGAGUUUGGAAGAACGUUUCAACCCUGGAAGCGUCCGCCGCUGUGCGUUUACCAAUGCUGCCGCGCGCCUUAUCGAUGGCCGCACACUUCACUCUGCACUGGCCCUCAACGCGGACGUGGACAAGCCUGCAGCCACUGCUCGCAAGGAUACACUCCUCGCUGCUUGGCGUGCAGCUGGUCUUCUUGCCAUAGAUGAGGUUUCCAUGGUGUCCGCCGAACUUCUGAGCGGCACAGAGCUACACGCGCAGCAACUCAAGGCCGCACCGGGCAUUCCUUGGGGGGGCUUGACCGUGUUGCUCAGCGGCGACUUUCUGCAAUUGUUGCCCGUCAAAGCCACUUCCUUACUGUUGCCAGCCUCUGCGGCAGCCCCUGAACAUGCAACUCCGGCUGCUCGUGCUCGCCACAAAGAUGCUGUCCGGGGCCUUGCACUGUGGCAGAACAUCACCACUUGCGUUGUGCUUGAUUACACCCACCGCACCUCCGGGUCCCUUCAAGAGUUCCUGGCUGCAAUGCGCAAUGGAUAUGUACCCGACCGACUUUGGCGUCUGCUUCUGGAUCGCACGUUGCGACAGUCUGACCACCGGCUGAAGGAGCCCGUUUUUUGGAACCCUGAUGCUUGCUUUGGUGUCCUCCGUCAUGCUGCCCGCAUCCUCAUCGGCUUGCAACGUGCGAAAGCAAUGAGCCGCGUAGCCGGACAUCGGCUGCUUGUUUGUGCUGCUGCGGACCGGUGCUGGUCCGCCGAUCAUCGUCCAGUUGUAGACCCUUCGAUCUUGCAAUAUUUGCUGCACAUUGCGUCGCUGAACACAACCCGCAAUUUUCCGGGCUACCUCUUCUUGUUCCCAGGUACAGUGCUAUGUUUGGAAACCAACGUCUCGCAGCAAUAUGGCCUCGUGCGUGGUUGCCGUGUUGAGGUCGUUGACAUCUUGCUGCACGAGCUCGAACCCGUGCCGCAGUACGAGCCGGAUCUCGAACCGUACCUCCUCCGCUACCUGCCACGUGGCAUUAUCGUGCGAGCCGUUGAUGCCACCUUCCAACAAAGUCCCUUGCUGCAGCCAGGCGAAUUGUUCUUGGAGCCAACCACACGUGACUGGUCGCUUCCGCACCUUCCGACCGAACAGAUCCCAGGCAUCGACCCGGCCAUUUUUCCUGCUGUCACCGCUGGGCCACUUCGUGUUGCUCGGCGACAGCUGCCCUGCACCAACACAUUCGCCUGCACAGCAUACAACCUACAAGGUCGCACAUUGCCGGCAAUGAUCGCGGAUCUUGCCUUGCCGCCUCGAAUGAGUUCUGACGAAUAUUGGCUCUCUAUUUACGUGCUGCUAUCCCGCCUGCCGUCACUGGAUUGCUUGCUCCUUCUGCGGGCCCCUGACCGUGCAGCGCUAUCUGCAGGGCCACCGGCAGCUUUGCUUGCAGCCUUGUCACGCUUCGAAGACCUGCAGCAAGCAACGUUGAUGCGCGUCGACCGUCUCCUUGCUGCGCGGCGCCGGCAUGGGCUCCGUGCCUUAGUGACGCAGCGCUUGCUGCAAGCCUCUGCUACCCCGCCAGACGCGAAGCGCCCGCGACUUUGA